AUGGAAUCUAUUCGAGAAGUCACAGGCUACGUGUUAGUGGCUCUUAAUCAGUUUCGUUACCUGCCACUGGAGAAUCUACGCAUUAUUCGUGGGACAAAACUUUAUGAGGAUCGAUAUGCUUUGGCAAUAUUUUUAAACUACAGAAAAGAUGGAAACUUUGGACUUCAAGAACUUGGAUUAAAGAACUUGACAGAAAUCCUAAAUGGUGGAGUCUAUGUAGACCAGAACAAAUUCCUUUGUUAUGCAGACACCAUUCAUUGGCAAGAUAUUGUUCGGAAUCCAUGGCCUUCCAACUUGACUCUGGUGUCAACAAACGGUAGCUCAGGAUGUGGACGUUGCCAUAAGUCCUGUACUGGCAGAUGCUGGGGACCCACCGAAAAUCAUUGCCAGACUUUGACAAGGACAGUGUGUGCAGAACAGUGUGAUGGCAGGUGCUACGGACCCUACGUCAGUGACUGCUGUCAUCGAGAAUGUGCUGGAGGCUGUUCAGGACCUAAGGACACGGACUGCUUUGCCUGCAUGAAUUUCAAUGACAGUGGAGCAUGUGUUACUCAGUGUCCCCAAACCUUUGUCUACAAUCCAACCACCUUUCAACUGGAGCACAACUUUAAUGCAAAGUACACGUAUGGAGCUUUCUGUGUCAAGAAAUGCCCACAUAACUUCGUGGUAGAUUCCAGUUCUUGUGUGCGUGCCUGCCCUAGUUCCAAGAUGGAAGUAGAAGAAAAUGGGAUUAAAAUGUGUAAACCUUGCACUGAUAUUUGCCCAAAAGCUUGUGAUGGCAUUGGCACAGGAUCUUUGAUGUCAGCUCAGACUGUGGAUUCCAGUAACAUUGACAAAUUUAUUAACUGCACCAAGAUCAAUGGGAAUUUGAUCUUCCUUGUCACGGGUAUUCACGGAGACCCUUACAAUGCAAUCGAAGCCAUUGACCCAGAGAAGCUGAAUGUCUUUCGGACAGUCAGAGAGAUAACAGGUUUCUUGAACAUACAAUCAUGGCCACCAAACAUGACCGACUUCAGUGUUUUUUCUAAUCUGGUAACAAUUGGUGGAAGAGUACUCUAUAGUGGCCUCUCCUUGCUUAUCCUCAAGCAACAGGGUAUCACUUCUCUACAGUUCCAGUCCUUGAAGGAAAUCAGUGCAGGAAACAUCUAUAUUACCGACAACAGCAAUCUGUGUUAUUAUCAUACCAUUAAUUGGACAACACUCUUCAGCACAAUCAACCAAAGAAUAGUGAUCCGGGACAAUAGGAAAGCUGAAAACUGUA